AUGAAUGUUGAAGUAGACAGUAGUGAUAACAAUGAAAGCCACGACAACGUGGACGAUAUUAAAAAAGACGGAGAAAAACGAAUUGUUUUGAAGACGGAGAAUGUAACCGAUUUUUUAUCGAAAUCAUUAGAGGAUUUUGUGACAGGCAAUACCAUUAACAUUUUUAAACGAUUCAAUAUAUCUACAGAUUUCUUGAACCUAGAACCAGAAAAAUGGAACCAACAUACAGAUUAUGUACACGCGGUAAAAAUUGUUUAUAGUAUAAGACCUGUUAAUGAUACGGCAGAGCGAGGAGUAAAACUUUUCGAAGAAUUUAAUAGAGUCCUUGGUUAUUUACUUCCAUUUGCAGUAUUUUUAUUCCUCACACUUGUGAUGACCACAAACGACAACAUCAAUUGUAUUGCUUCACUUCUCACACUACCGGAAGCAACAAUUGUAAUACCCGAUGAAAUGGAUAAUUGUCCCAUUGGAUUUUUCCAUUGCAACACAUCAGUUCAAUGCGUGCCUCAACGCUUGAAUUGCGAUGGUGCAGUAGACUGUGAUGAUGCGUCCGAUGAGUGGAAUUGUGUGAAUGAUGUUGAUGCUAAGUUCUGGGAUCAUUUAUUUCGCAAACAACCUUUUGGACGACACGACGAUGUGCCAAUAGGCACGUGUUUGUGGCCAAGCAAUAAUUUAAGUUGCCCAUGUAGAGGCAAUGAAAUUUUAUGCCGUUUUCAACAAAUGACUUCAGUUCCUUUGGGCUUACCUAUGAACGAUGUAGCGACACUUGAUUUAACUGGAAACAAUUUUACAACGAUAGAUGAACAUUUUUUUCAAAAUAUACCUGUGAUUGAAAGUCUAGUAUUAAAAUUCUGUUCUAUUCAAACGAUAUCGCCAUUUGCAUUCAAAACACUCAGCGAAAAUCCAUUAAAAACCAUAUACUUGGACGAAAAUAAAAUUCAGAGUUUACCAAAAGAUAUGUUUCCUGCUGGCAAUGUCUUAGGAAUCCUUAUUCUCUCAGGGAAUCAAAUUAAUGAGCUGCAUAACUACGAUUUUGAACAUCUCGAAAAUCUUGAAGAACUUGAUUUGCGAUCGAAUCGAAUUGAAACUUUUGAGCUUGAUGUGUUUAAACCUAUGGUGAACUUAGAAGUGCUGUAA